AACCCUUUUUUUUUCUUCCUCCAUUUGUCCAUUCAAAAACUCUGCCCCCUUUCUUUUUUGGUGUGAAAAUGACUCGUCUUCUUAAAGGGUUGAGGAGAUAGAAAUACAGAGGAAAGGAAAAAAGAUAUUCUUUACAUGUCCCGCACCCUUUUGCCUUUCCAAUAUUCUUUCCCCAAUACCACAAAUAAAUGCCAUCUAUUGAUUCUUCAUUCCUACUGUCCAUAAUCUCCCUCAAUUGCCUAAAAUGGCUCCUCCGGAGUUAGAGAAGCCUCGGAUCACGGAGAUUCAAGUCCGAAUGGACUGUAAUGGGUGCGUGCAGAAGAUUAAGAAAGCAUUACAUGGUAUCAAUGGUAUAUAUGAUCUUUAUAUUGACUUCCCUCAACAGAAGUUGACAAUAAUAGGGUGGGCAGAUCCAGAGAAAAUAGUUAAAGCAAUUAGGAAAACUAGGAAGAUUGCAACCAUCUGUUCACAUACCGAACAAACAGAAACUGCAGCUCAGGCUCCGCCAACAGAACAAGUACCUGAAAGUAGUCAACCAAAACCAGCACCUGAGGCAGCAAAUCCUUCCCCAGCAGAACCUCCAGCAACUGAAGCAGCUCCUCCAGCUGAAUCAGCCCCACCAGCAGAGCCACCCAAAGACCCGCCAUCACCAAAAAAACCACUGCCUGAGUCAGCAGCUGCAGUACCAGCACCUGUUGCCACUGAAGCCAAUACGGCCGGCCCCAGCCAGCCAACAAACCCCCAUGCACCAAAAGAUGUGGGAGAGGUUCAUGUUAUAUACCAUCACCCACCUGAUUACAACUUAAGAUAUGGCUUUCAUGAACCCAAUCCUGGACACUGGAACAGAUGCAGUACUGGUCAAGGCUACCUGCGAGAGCAAUCAUCUCAGCCACCUCAACCCAUCUAUGUGACUCACAGCUACAAUACAUACAAGCCGUCACCUUAUGUCACUGAAUAUGAGCAUGUCCCCGCACCAGCAAGACACACCCAUUAUAGUAGAAUAGAUCACUAUAGUGAAGACUACCACAACAACAACAACAACAAUGGCAAUGGAAAUAUCACAGCAAUGUUCAGUGAUGAAAAUCCAAAUGCAUGUACAAUAAUGUAAAAGGAAGGUCAGUAUGAAUACGAAUGGGAGCAAUGCCUUCAAUACUAGAAACUUAAUAAAAGAAUAAAUUAGAAAACUAUAGAAUCUGGAGGCACUUACAUUGUCUAAUGAGCAUGUGAAAAUGUUUGAGAGAAUAAUGAGAUUCCCAGCUUGUGAGUGGGGGAGGAAUCAAUUCUUUGUACCAGUUUGAGAAGCCUAAUACAUAUUACUUGCAGAAUUAGAUAAUUAA